AUGCGACGACGGUGGUGCCAGCAGCAGCAGCAGCAGCAGCAGCAGGGUCCCGAGCACCACCGCCAGCACGGAGCGGCCUCCAGCGCGUACCUCCAGCGUCGCGGCAAUCCUCGCUAUGACGACGAUGUCCUAAUCCUAAUAAUGCCCCUUCUGACGUUCGGGUCGAGUUGGUUGAUCGGUUACCGACAUACAGUGACCUCGGGAUGCGUCCAUGAGAUCUCGGGUGCGGCGAUUUCUGAACAGAUUGCCGCUGUCGUCCGCGUCAUCGUCACCGCUAUCGCCGCCGCCGUCGUCGUCGUCGUCGUCGUCGUCGUCGUCGUUAUCGUCGUGGUGGUGCGUAUUGUCGUGCCACCACCGGCCGUGAUCAUCGGCAACGACAGGCAGCAGCAAAGGGUGCAAGGAGAAGGAGGAAGAGGAGAAAGAGAAGGAGGAGGAGGAGGGUACGUAGCCGGGCGUUCAGGAUGCAGCAUGAACCUCGGUGCCCCGCACUGGGAGCUCGCGAGCCUCGGCAGGGGGACUACGACGACGACGAAGCGGGUGUUGUUCAGCGGGGACAGCAACAGCACCAGCAGCAGCAGCAUCAGGGAGAGAAGGCACCGCCAGGCCGACGAGAGACACGAGGUGGUGCAAGAGGUGCAGGUGGCGCGGCAGGAGGAAGAAACGAAAGCGGAGGUGGUGGAUUAUUACGAACGCGUUGCGUUGCCGUUGUUGCUGUCGCCGUCGAGAGAGCUCCUUGCCGGUAUUGCCGUCGUCGCCGCAACCACCGCAGCAGCCGCGACUAUUGCAGUCGCCGCCGUCUCGGUCGGCCGUGCAAACGUACCGGAAAUAACGGUAGCAGCUGUAGCAGCAGCAGCAGCCGCAGCAGCAGCGUCACGGGUCGCUCCGCGUACGGCGUUCCGGGAGCACGAAGAGUCGAGUGUCGGGGAACAGAGCGCGUGCCGAGAGGCGGGCCUCAGAUUUGGUGGCAGCGAUGCGGGGCCUCCUGCAGCAGCCCGGCUGCGACACGGAUCAUCUACGCAACGAGUCCAUCACGAGUCAUCUUUUUUGUCAUCAACCGGCGUGCGCGAUACGGAGGAAAAGGAGGCAGCGGCAGCGAGAAGAUCGGUCGGUUUUGCUGGAGAAAGGCGAAGCACGUCGCGUCGUACGGCUACGAACGUGCGCGCCGAGGAACGUCGACGAAGAGGAGCGCGACGACGACGGCAGGACGUCGGGGACGUUAGCGUCCCCGAUUAUCCCGUCGCGCCCAUGCGGCUCGACCCGUUCGAACUCACGGGACCACCUACGUCGAAAAAAUGGAGAAAGGGGAAGAGAAGGGAACAGAAAGAGGAGAAGGAGCAGCAGCUCUGGUUAUCGUCGUCGUCGUCGUUGUCAUCGAUCUCGUUCGUGGAGUGCGUACGGUCUGACCGCGCCGCGUGUCAUUCGUACACGUCGUCCAGGCCAUUCCCCAAGUCGAUUCGCGAUCGCGUCGUCGACGACGGUAGCGUAUCCGCCGCGCAACACCAUCACGAAGCCCGACACUACGAGGCCGGGCAUGGACCUGACGAGAAAGCCGGAACUGCCACUGCCUUUCGCAUCUCUCGCGAUUUCGCUUCGCGCGGCGAGGUGCGCGCGCGCACACGUGAUCGCCAAGAGGACGAUCACGAGGACGAGGAUGAUAAUGAUAGCGACGCGUUGCGCGCGCGGACACGCAUUCUUCGCGCUGAUCGUUCGUCGCCGCGACGACGACGGGCCCCGCGAUUCGCUCGAAGAGCAAGAAGAAGGUCACGAAGAAGACGAGGGAGCGGAGCGAUCUCCGAGGACGGGCCCGAUGUGGCUACCUCGGCCGUUUCUUUCGUCGACGUGCAUGCUUACACUGCCUAUAACGAUGACAGAGACGACGACGACGAUAAAGAAAACGACGGUGACGACGACGAUGACAACGAAGGACAAACGCAUUGCGAGCGUAAGAGAAUCCACGGUGGGUCCGAGGAGAUCCGUGACGAAUACGAGGAAGAUGAAAACGAUGACAACGCGCGUGUUAGUGUUUCGAAUAAUCCGCGUCGUCCGGGUGACGAAUACGAACAUGAAAACGCGAACGAAAACGCGCCUCGCGAGGACUACAUCCGCACCGAGAUGGAUGCGAGUAUUCGUGGUGUAUUCAAGAGUGAUCAGUGGGCAUCGCAAUCCUCUUCGUUUGACGGGAAGAAGGAUCGCGAACGCGUCGAUGACUAUGAUUGCGGGUACCCGACAAUGGACGAGGUGUUCGACGGGCAAGCACGAAGAAAGGGAGAAAGAUGUAGCGAGAGGAGACGUACCGAUAACACUGCCUGGUUCCAAAAGCCAAUCACUAGGAGAAAAGGAAGAGGCGAAGGAGAAAAAGCAAGAGGAACGGGGGACAAGCCGCGUAUACGCAGAAGCUAUUACAGGCUGCUGCUGUUCGUGUUGUAUCUUCUGGCGUGGCCCCUCCUGUGCUCGAGCAGUCCCUCAGGUCACCUCGCCUCGACUUUCGCGCAGAACCCGACCUUCGCGCACGCCAAGAAUCCCGCGCACCGAGGUAAUGCCACGCCGCCAGACCCAUCGUUGUUCUCGUCGUCGACAGUCAUCGAGCACCAAUACCAGCAUUCGCAACAAUACGUUCAGGGUAGCGAUACCGAUCACAAUACCGAUAGCGAGCGUCAUCGUCAUCACCAGCAACAGCAGCAGCAGCAACAGAAGAAAGAGGAGCAACAGGAACAGUCGGAUCAAGAGAAUUCCGAGCAGCGGCACCCCUACAACGAAUACACUUGGGAGGUGAACAUGAUAAAUCCCUGGCUGUCGGCUUGCGAUCUGGCGGGACCAGCGCCGACCGAUCUUCAGGGUAGCUGUGGAGCACGGGAAAUACCCGAGUACUGCCCGAAUCCAUGUGAAAACGCUUCCGGGAUAAUGAAGACCUACAAUAUGGAGAUAAAUAGGGGGGUCGAGGACGGAGGCGAUAGCGGCAGUCGACAUGGUGAUAAAUAUAGCACCGCUGAAAAGAAGGAGGAGAAGGAACAGUGCCUUUUAUAUCUCGAGGAAUCGCACAAGAAGAUCAUCUGUCAAAAGAAUAAGAAAACGAGGAAUACCGAUCUGCUGCGUCGGCUGCGUCUACGGCACUGCUGCGAGCACGCGGUGUUCAACGCCCUGGCGCCGGGCGGUCCGCUCGGCGUGCUAGAGAAUGUGCUAGAAGGCAACGAUGAGUGCAAUAAUGUCUUGGACAAGCUGUUGCAAGUUGAUGCCCUGGCCGCGAGGCUGCAUUGCGAAUUCGAGGAGGUACUGCAGCGCUACGAUUGCGCCCAGCCGUACUCCGUCAUCCACAACUGCACCCAUUGCAAGGUUCAACGCAGUUUAUAA